ACCUCCAAAGGGACCCGCUGUGCCCGCGCCUCAUCGCCACUGGCCAGUGGGGCCGGCGAGGGAGGGAGAGAGCAGGCAGAGUCGCCCCGGCCGGGGCGGAGAGGCCCUUCAGCAGCAUGCCCAGCCCAGCCCAGCCGCUGUGGGGGCCCCCGAGCUCCAGGAGAGGCGCAGCUCGGAGUGCUGGCGGGAGGCGGCGCGCAGCCCAGGCGGGCCCUCGGGGCAGAGAGGCGCUGCCAGCUGGCAGAGACCCCACCGCAGUAAGAAAUCACACUGCCGUCCAAAGAAGCCCCCUCCUGUCUGAGGGCAGAUGACUGUGGAAGAUGGAUCUGUUCGGCUGCUCGCUGAAGAGACCUCGCCUGUAGCAGCGCCUGCUACAACGCCUCUGUGCUUUCUUCUUCAUGCAACGCUGGAGCGGGAGGAAGGCCCAGCAGAGGACAGGAAAUGAGGAGGGUCCGCUGCUCCCUCCCAGGAUUCCUCCUCCUCCUCCUCACAGUGACCACUGCUGAGCGCAUCUUCCAGCCAGGGCCCCGGGUGUGCUCCGUGGAGGUGCAGAGCCGUGCCGUGUCCUCCCUCGUGUCCCACGCCCAGCCGGUCUACCAGCCCUACCUCACUGUGUGCCAGGGGUACCGACUCUGCAGCACGUACAGAACUACCUACAGGAUCGCCCAGCGCCCGGUGUAUCGGACGGUUUCGCAGCCAGCGUACACAUGCUGCCCUGGAUGGAGACGGGCAAGCAGGCGCCCUGGCCUUGGGUGCAAUAUAGCCGUUUGCCAGCCACCUUGCCAGCACGGUGGGAAGUGUGCGUCCCCAAAUAAAUGCAGCUGCCCUCUGGGAUGGACAGGACGGUGCUGUCAGACAGAUGUGGACGAAUGUGCUGGCGGGAGACGCCACGGCUGCAGCCACUUCUGCCUCAACCUGGCGGGGAGUUACCGCUGUGCCUGCCCGCCAGGGUCCCAGCUCCAUGCGGACGGGAAGACCUGCCAGGCCCCGGACCCCGCCACGGAAGCCCCCCUCCCCACCAGCCCAGCCGGAGUCGCCCACCCAGCGGCAUCGGAGGAGGUGAAGGAGCUGAGAAGCAGGGUGGUCGCGCUGGAAGAAAAACUCCAGCUGGCUUUGGCACCAUUCCUGCAACUGGAAGCCCCUGGCCUGGAGGGCAUCCCCACCGACCCCAUCAGCCUGCUCGCUCACUCCUUGCAGCAACUGGACAGGAUCGACUCCCUCAGUGAGCAGAUCUCUUUUCUGGAAGAGCGGCUGGAGACCUGUUCUUGUAAGAAUGAACUCUGAGGGUGGAUGAAGAAGCAAGGUGCCAGAACCUCCUCUUCCUCACUCCGACACUUAUAACGCAGCUCUCUGUUGACUAGUAGCCGAUGCCUGUCCCGGUAACAGGAAACCAGAUAAAGCAAAGUGGUCAGCUGUGGAAUUCCACUCUGAAGAUGAUCUUCCAAGAGCCGCAAAAGGGGCAAGAACAAGUCUUGUCUGGAAGCUACUGUUGACAUCCAAAACCUCUCACCAAUAUAAAAUAAUACGUGUACAAAUCCACACCUCACUGUGGUACGAGGUUGAGAAAGCAAGCACUAACAUGUCCACUUUCCCCCAAGCAGUUCUGUUUUUCCAAGUCGGUGCUGGGUGGGUGGGGGGCAAGGGGUCACCUUCCCCACGAAGACCAAAGAUGUAGCCACAUGACACUUAGAAAAUUACUGCAUUGUCUUGGCUUCCCCAGAAAAUCUUGGGAGCUGGAGGGCUGAGACGGUGGGGAGUGGUACCCCCAGCACAGCAGCUGGGAUUUGAAGGGAUGCAGGGAGCCAACGUUCCAACUGUGUCAAUUCCCCAUUAAAGUGUCCAUAUGCCAGUUGUACUCUUGCCAACUGCUUUCUGCUGUGAAAGGAAGUCUCUAGUCCCUUACCCGCAAUCGCUGUCCUCUCAGCUACAGAGCAACCAUUCCCCAAGUUCAACGGUGGAACUGCCUGCCUCAUGAAGCAGUAGUCUCUCUUCCUCUAGAGGCCAUCAAAGAGGCUGGACAGUCAUGCUGUAACAGACUCCUUUAGCAAGCAGGCGCUUGGACUAGGAGACCCCCAGGCAACCUUUCAGCUCUGAUUCAGGUUUUCUGAAUUGGAAGGAAGCAGAUUCAGGCUAGACAGUAGGAAGAACUCCCUGAAUGUAAGCGAUGUUCAAUAUUGAACCCAUCUGCCUUGCAUGGUGGCUCUCCUUCGCUGGAGGUUUUCAAACAGGCUUUGGCAGACCGUCAGGGUCCACUCCAACUCCAGCGUUCUGUGCUUAAUUUCUGACGCACCCAGGGAGUGUGUGCGUUACCCAGGACCCCCCUAACACUCACCCAGGGGUCCUCCAAGUUGGGUCUCCAGCAGUUGCUGGACUACAAAUCUGAGGAGCCUGGAGCUAACCUCUCUAUGGCUGCACAAGCUUCUUAGUGCAAAGACGAAGACAGGAGCGAGAUGCUGGCCAUUUCCGGGGUCGACCGUCUUCCCAAAGCGGGGUGCCCAACAGCCUCUCCCCGAGUCCCAUUUAGUUUCCCCCACUGUGUCCCCUCCCUCCAAGGAAGCUUGCGGUGUGUAGAGAGAGGAACCCAAGAGACACGGUGCCACCGGGCAAUUGCUCUUUUUGGAAAUACAACAAAAUCACACUUCUGAAAAACAGAGGCUGAAGGACCCUUCUUGCGAAUGGGAGGUUACGGCUCCCCUUGCCAGGAGAGGGGGCAUUUUCCCAGCACCUGACGGCUGCAAGCGGGCAGUGGGGCAGGGGAGAGUGGAAUGGCCGGUGGGCCCUUUUUCCUCUCUGGAGGAAGCGGCAGGGAUGCUUGAGGGGCCAGGCCCACCUGACACAUUUAUCUGGAGAUAUGCACAGACCUCUAAAAGAGCCUCCAUGGUCACUAGCAGUUCAACUCCAAAUAGUGCAGGGGGGUGUUGUUGGUUGCUCUAUUUAUUAGUUCUAAGUUGAAGGUGAUCAACUAAAGAGAGGAGAGCUGGCCUUGUGGUAGCCAGCAUGACUUGUCCCCUUAGCUAAGCAGGGUCUACUCUGGAUGCAAAUGAAUGGGAGACCAAGGAUCUGACUAAGUAUAUGGCAGCUUCCUCUGUGGGGUGAGGAGGAACAUAGGAAGCUGCCUUCUACUGAGUCAGACCUUGGCCCAUCUAGUUCAGGACUGUCUACACUGACUGGCAGCAGCUCCAGCCUUUCCCAGCCCUACCUGGAGAUGCUGCCAGGGAUUGAAUUGGGGACCUUCUGCAUGCCAAGCAGAUGCUCUGCCACUGAGCUAUGCCCCCCUCCCCUAAAGAUGAAUCUCUUACAGUGUUUACAUGUAACCACCUGUCCAAAUACAAACCAGACUUUGUUUAGCAAAUUCGUGCUUGCUGCUACAGGCAACAACAGAUUGAGAUGGGGAGCAGAAAGAGGAUGCUGGAGAACCACAGAUGUUUUGACUUUAAGGUAGCAUUUCUGUUCAAAUAUCAAGCUACAUAGCUGGCCAGUGCCUGCUGCAUUCUCCUGCUAUUGUGAUUGUUGUACUGGAGGACUUUGCACAAGUCCCUAUUGGCUAGCAAUUGUAAUGUUACUAACCACCCAGGGACUUUUUUGUAUAAGGCGAUAUAGAUAAGUGUACCAAAUAAAAUAAAUAAAUGCAAGCUUUAAAAACAAAAACAAAAA